CCGGGGGCGGUGGGCGGGGCUUUGGGGGCGGUGGGCGUGGUUUCCCGGGGAGUGGGCGGGGCUUUGUGUGCCGGCCGGGCCGGGCCAUGGCGCUGCUCCUGGAGCACGAGUUCCGGCCGCUGCCCCCCGACGGGCGGGUGGAGACGCUGCCCUUCCUCGAGGCCGUGGCGCACCUGCCGCCCUUCUUCGACUGCCUCGGGACGCCCAUCGUGUACUCGCCCGUCAAGGCUGACCUGGCUGGAAACAUCAAGAAGAUCCGGGCGGUUUACGACUCCGACCCCGCCAAGUUCCAGACGCUGCAGGACAUCCUACAGGUGGAGAAGGAGCUGCACGGCUCGGCCUGGCCCAAGACGGGCGCCACGCUGGCGCUGAUGUGGUUGAAGAGGGGCCUGAAGUUCAUGCUGGUGCUGCUGCAGAGCAUCUCCGACGGCGAGCGGGACGAGGAGCACCCCAACCUCAUCCGGGUGAACGCCCUGAAGGCUUACGAGGUCUCGCUGAAGAAAUACCACGGCUGGAUGCUGCAGAAGCUCUUCAUGGGCUCGGUCUACGCGCUGCCGUACAAGUCGGAUCUGCUGAAGGCUUUAGAGAAGGGCAAAGACGUCAAGGAGGAGGAGAGCAUCGAGAAGAUCCAUCAGUUCGUCUCCAGGGUCAGCCCCAUCCUGGAUGCCAUCUACGAGAUGUACGCGGCGAUGAACGCCGAGCUCAGCUACAAAGCCUGACGCUGGCACGGGCCGGGGGCUGCUCCCGGCUGCCGGCCGCCUCUGAUUCUGCUAGCCUGGUUUCUAAACAAAUUAAUUCAUUUUCUAUCGAGAAUCUGGCAAUAAACCAGGGGUACCCUGGCUCGGCUCAGGAUUUCCCCAGCUUUUGUACUAAAGAAGCCAAACGAGCACGAGGUCCUCGUGCAGGGCGAGCGAGAGGAAUGACGCGCGGCCGGCGGCAGCGUCCCAAUGAUGCGAUUUUGGCUCUGCCCUCGCUCUCCGUGCGCCUCUGCCUCCUGGUCUGCACCUCUGCCUCCUCGCCUGGGCUGCUCUUGGACCUCGCAGCACCCAGGGCACAGCACCCAGGGCACAGCACCCCGUAUGUAUGAUGCUGGCAGUGCCCAUUGCGGAGGAGCCGGUGCCAUCCCUGGGUGCCCCCCAGCCCCAUGGGCAGUGGCACGAGAGCGAGACCCCCACCGGGGGCUGCAGCCCCCUCCAGGCGGUGUUUUUCGGAGCGCCGGGUGCCUUGGCAUGGUGAUGCCCGUCGGCAGCAGAACUCAAUAAAUCUCCUAAAUCUUCGCUAA